AUGGAGGAUGAGAAUAAAACAUCGUGGACGGAGUUUGUUCUUGUUGGACUUCAGCAUCAGAAGUCGCCCACCCUUUUCCUUGGCGCCAUCCUCUUCAUGUCCCUUAUCGCCCUCCUUGGAAACAGCCUCCUCCUGUUCUUAAUUAGAGUGAGCUCUGGCCUUCGGACCCCAAUGUACUUUUUCCUCAGCCAACUGGCCUUCAUGGACCUCUGCCAAGUUCUCUCCAUUGUUCCCAAAAUGGCCGUGGAUUUCGCAACCCACAGCUACACCAUUUCACUCUAUGGAUGUGUCGUCCAGAUUUUUGUCACGCUGGUCAUGGGAGGAGCAGAGUGCCUCAUCUUGGCAACCAUGUCAUAUGACAGGUACGUGGCUAUCUGCAGGCCGCUGCAAUAUCCGGUCCUCAUGAGGAGCAAAAUCUGCAACAUCAUGUCAGUCGCUUCCUGGUUCUGGUCUUCUGUGCAAGCCCUGAACUGUUCCCUCUAUGUGCUGCCUCUUCCCUACUGCAAGUCCAAUGUGAUUAGACACAUCGGUUGUGAUUAUACAGCACUUUUAAAGCUUUCUUGCUCUGACAAUUCUGCAUUUGAAAAAUCAAUAUACCUCGGAACAUUCCUAGUAUUCCUCAUCCCCAUCACAAUCAUCCUAGCUUCCUACACAGCCAUCCUCCUUCAGGUCCUGAGGUCCCGCUCCUCCGGAAGUAGCCACAAGGCCCUGGGGACCUGCUUGUCCCACUUGUGUGUGGUGGGGGUCUUCUAUGGUGCGGCCAUUUUAACAUACAUGACACCCGUAUCUUCCUAUUCAGCAGAAAAGGCUAUGAUCAACUCAGUGUUCAUGACCAUUGUCCCAGCCAUGCUGAACCCAUUCAUAUACAGCCUGAGGAACCGGGAUGUUCUAGCAGCUCUGAGGAGACUUUAGGGAAAAUGCAUAUUGUGUAAAUAG